UAAUACCAUGAGCUCAUCGAAUAUUUCAUAUAAAUACGAGCUUUUCAUCCCAAACACUUAAUUGAAUCAUUUCAAUAAUGUUUGGGAAGAAAGUAGUUGUGUUUAGUUUGGUGGUGUUGGCGGUUGUUUCUCAGGCCCAUGGAAACAAAGUCGAUGACCUCCUUAGGAGACUGAAAGCUGCCGUGGACAAGGCCAUGGUGCAAGCUCAGGAACAACUUGACCGAUCGAAAGUUCAACUGCAACAACAUGCUGCCGAAGAUGUAGCUGACGGCAGAGCUCAGAUUGAAGUGAUCAAGAAGGGCUACGUUGAUCAACUGGACAAAAUAAAGGCUGACAACAAAGACAAAGAUAUUAGCUCUUGUCUUGGCGAAAAUGAAACAAAACUAAAUAACCUUGUGACUGACUAUGGAAUACAGAUGGACAACUGCGUGAAUGACAAGAUCAAUGAGGGAACCAAAUACGCUCAAGAUGCAUUAGAUCGGGUAAAGAAAAUCGUGAGCGACGUCGAGAACAUCCGUCAAGAAAUCAAGGACUGCGGACAUGGCUGGAAAGCUGCGAAAUGCAUUGCCAAACUGGCCGUACGGAUCGAAAAGGAGAUUACAAACUUGCCUACGAUUAUAGAGGGCGACGUUGUAGUCACAGCGGCCAGAAUUGCCCAACUGGACCCAAAACUGAAGGGCUGCGCUACUGACAAGGUGAACGAAGCAAGGACACAGGGGCAGACGCUUUUGGACACGAUCAAGCAGUGCGUUGCGAAUAUACAUUGAAUUGUUGCUAAUUAGGAUUGAUUAAAUUGUUUAUUGUUUUAUAGAAAACGGAAUUUGACCUUUCUCCUCCCCGACGGUUCAUCUUCUGUGGUCAAACGUAAAUGAGGGCUAUGAUGCCAAACUUUUUAAACCCAGAACAAGAGUUCAACUUAAUCUUAGGGAAUGCGCUACUGUUUCAGGUAGAUGUGGAUAGGAUAUCCCACAAAAGAUUUAUGGUUUCUAAAUUGACUUGAAUAAUACCACACAUUCUGUGAAAAAUGUUUUUUUUUAAUAUGAAGCAGAUUUGAUUUUUUAAAGAAUACGUCAUAGAAUCUGUUUAUUGCAUUUUGCUAAGCACGCUGAAAGCUAACAGCUUCAAUAUUUUGACUUCCUACGGCACUGGGCGAGGAAGUAUUGCAGUCGCGAAAAAUUUCGAAAAUGAGUUAUUUUGGUUUUUGGGUGUUAUAUAACAUGUACAUCACGAAAAAAUAUGUCACUCAUUUCCGUAGGUCUUUCUGUCGGUCUGUCUGUCCGCUAAUCCUUGGACCUCCUCUAACUUGGGAAGUACCGCU